UCUUCCCUCUCUCUCUCCUCGUCUUCCUCUACCUCAUCGUCAGCCCCAAACCCGUCAGAAUCCCAAUCAAAGGCCGCCACGUGUUCAUCACCGGCGGAUCGAGCGGCAUCGGCCUCGCCAUGGCCCGCCAGGCCGCCGCGGAGGGCGCUCGGGUCUCCAUCCUCGCUCGCAACCGCGACAAGCUCGAGGAGGCGAAGCAAUCGAUCCAUCUCUCCACCGGCAUCGACGUCGCCGUCUUCAGCGCCGACGUGCGAGACUUCGCCGCCGUGAAGGCGGCGGUGGAGGAGGCUGGGCCGGUCGAUGUGUUGGUGUGUAAUCAAGGAGUUUUUGUACCGCAGGAAUUGGAGAGUCAGGAAUUGGAGGAAGUGAAGUUCAUGAUCGAUGUGAAUUUGAUGGGGACUUUUCAUUUGAUUAAGGCCGCUUUGAAUGGGAUGAAGAAUCGGAGAGAUCGUGGACCGGCUUCGAUUGCGAUUAUGUCUUCUCAGGCUGGUCAGGUGGGUAUUUAUGGUUACACUGCUUACUCAGCUAGUAAGUUUGGCCUCAGAGGCAUGGCAGAAGCACUUCAACAGGAAGUUAUUGCGGAUAACAUUCAUAUCUCUCUUAUAUUCCCCCCUGACACUGAAACCCCUGGUUUGGAGGAAGAGAACAAGAAACGACCACAGCUUACCAGUAUCAUUGCAGCUUCCUCUGGUGCAAUGAAAGCCGAUGAAGUUGCCAAGAAAGCUUUGGAUGGCAUCAAAUCUGGUAGUUUUAUUGUCCCCUGCAACUUUGAGGGACUGUUAUUGACCAUUGCAACUGCCGGUCUAUCCCCUCAAGGAUCAUACCUAAUGGCAUUUGUUGAGGUGGUUACUGCUGGUAUAGUACGCCUUGCAGGUCUAUGUUUCCAAUGGAAUUGGUAUGGAAGCAUAGAAAAGUGGCAUGCACAAAAGAAAUAAAUCCUGGAAAUUUUGAGCUUGACACGCGGACAGUCCUAUGCAUGGCAGCUUUCGGAGAUUACAACAGAUUUUUGUCCAUUCAUGAGGAUGGUUCUUGUAACUGGCAAUUUUUUUUUUUUUUGGGAUCAGAUAUUUGACAAAUUGAAGGAAAUAAAAAAUUUGCAAAUCAAAUCUUCAAUGCUUGAUCUGAAUUUGUCAGUUCUUUAUCCAGUGUUGUUUUUCUUAGAAGAAAAAUGGUUGAGAGCACUAAAAAUGUUGCUCUAAUGGCACCACUAAUGAUGUGGCAACGGGCUCCGUUCACUGCUUAUGCCUUUUUUUUCCCCAA